AUGGACCCACGACCGUUAGUGGUAGAUAAUGGUACUGGGUUUGUCAAAUGUGGUUGGGCAGGUUCCAACUUUCCUGAAUAUGUCUUCCCCUCCAUCGUCGGUCGUCCCAUCCUCAGAGCAGAAGAACGUCUAGGAUCUUCAACCAUAAAAGAUAUAAUGGUAGGAGAUGAAGCAGCUGAAAAUCGAUCAUAUCUUCAAGUCACUCAACCUAUGGAACAUGGUAUAGUUAAGAAUUGGGAAGAUAUGGGUCAUUUAUGGGAUUACACAUUUAAUGAGAAAUUAGGAGUGGAUACGAGAGGAAUGAAAGUUUUAUUGACUGAACCUCCUAUGAACCCUAAAGUGAAUAGACAGAAAAUGUGUGAGGUCAUGUUUGAGAAAUAUGGAUUUGGUGGGGUUUAUGUAGCUAUACAAGCUGUUUUAACUUUGUAUGCUCAAGGUCUGCAAACGGGUGUCGUAGUGGACUCAGGAGACGGUGUCACACAUAUCGUACCAGUAUACGACGGUUACGCUCUGCCUCAUCUCACCCGUCGAUUGGACGUGGCAGGAAGAGACGUCACUCGAUACCUCAUCAAACUGCUCUUAAUGCGUGGAUACGCUUUUGAAAGAACGGCAGAUUUCGAGACUGUCAGAGGGAUAAAAGAGGAAUUGUGUUUUAUGAGUUAUGAUCUUGAAAUGGACAAGAGGUUAUCAGAGGAAACGACGGUUUUAGUGGAGAAUUACACUCUGCCAGAUGGAAGGAUCAUCAAAGUCGGUUCUGAACGAUACGAAGCCCCUGAAUGUAUGUUCCAACCUCAUCUCGUCGACGUCGAACAGCCCGGAGUGGCAGAGCUCUUGUUUCAGACCAUUCAACAAGCAGCUGUGGACACCCGAUCAGAACUUUACAAACAUAUCGUACUUUCUGGCGGCUCAUCAAUGUACCCGGGUUUCCCUUCGAGACUAGAGAAAGAGAUGAAACAAUUGUAUUUGACACGGGUAUUGGGAGGCGAUGGGUCGAGAUUGAAGGCUUUCAAAAUCCGAAUCGAAGAUCCUCCAAGACGAAAACACAUGGUGUUCCUCGGUGGUGCGGUAUUGGCGGAUAUCAUGAAAGACAAAGAGGCGUUUUGGGUGACGAAGGCGGAAUGGGAAGAACAAGGGAUUCGAGCGUUGGACAAGCUAGGUCGGGGCGAGUAG